AUGCCGUCCACCUCGGUCCCACUUCCAGCCUGGGUGCCACCCCAACCCACGCGCGAAACCGACCUGGAAUGGGCCCCCCUGACCACACUCGAUCUCUCGCAGAUCACGGGCGACGACUUCACCAGCGUGCCCGAGUCGGUCGUCGCUUCCGUCGGCGAGGCCUUCUCGCGCGAUGGAUUCAUCUACGCCGAGAACCACGGCCUGUCGUGGGAGCACGUACUGCGUCAGUUCGCCAUUGGCCAGUAUGCGUUUCACGGUGUGAGCGAGGCGGACAAGGCCAAGUACAAGGCCGACAUCCUUGGCACGGGCAGCUUUGUCGGCUACAAGGAGCAGGGCCACUGGAAGCUCAACGGUGUCAAGGACCGCAUUGAGCAGCUCAACUUUGGCUCGCAGAGCUUCUCACCCGAAGCAAAGGCAAAGCUGUUCCCGCCGAGCCUGCAGGAGUUGUUGCCGGAGAUCGAGGAGUUUGCGCGCUUCAACCACGCCGUGAUUCUGCGCAAGAUCCUGAGCGUUCUGUCGCUCGUGUUGAAGCUGCCCGCGGACUACCUGUGGAACCUGUCCAAGGAGCCCGAGAAGCGCGGUCUGGAUUUGCUGAGGUACGCGCUGUACCACACGCCGGACCAGUCGGAUGACGACAAGCUCGGCGGCGUGCGGCUGCAGGGCCACACGGACUUCAACUCGGUCAGCAUCCUCUGGUCGCAACCCAUCACGUCACUCGAGGUGCUCAUGCCAGACAACAAAUGGCGCCUGGUCAAGCACCGCGACAACGCACUGGUGAUCAACCUCGGCGACGCAAUGCACUUUAUCUCGGGUGGAUACCUCAAGCAGACGAUCCACCGCGUCGUUGCACCCCCCGCCGACCAGGCGCACUACGAGCGUCUGGGCAUCUUCUACUUUGCGCUGUUCAACGACCAGGUCUCACUGGAGCCGCUUGAGGAGCAGAGCGAGGUCGUCAGGCAGGCGUAUGCCGAAAAGAAGAGGCGCGAUGGCGGCGCUGGGUUCUGGGACGUCGCCAAGGCCAAGGGCGAGCCCGUACCCACGGCCGGUGGCUGGGAGAGGCUGCGUGUCAAGGCGUACGGCCAGCAGCACGCCAAGAAGGCCGAGGACGGUCACGAUGUCGAAGAGAUUGCGGGGCAGAAGGUCACCGGCUACAACGGCGAGCGCGUCAAGCCUAAGUCGCAGUUCGCCUCGCAACAGCCGUCGAUCAAGGCCAACUGA